AAUUAGUGCAUAAAUAAUUUAUUAUCUUGGUACAUACAUCAAUCUAGUGUGAGUAAUAAUUGUAUGUUUGGCGGGGUAGUCAGAAACGGUAAUCCUCGGGACGCGUUCGGCGUAUAACCUAAAUAAAUAAAUUAUUACGUUAGUGCUUGUGAUGUUGCUUUGUGAUUUGCCAGUACACGGCGAAACGUCUCAAAUUAAAAAGUUCUUAUAAUAUAAUUUCAGGUGUAGUAUCCAAAUCUCUAUAAUGCCAAAGUAUUAUUGCGACUACUGCGAUACAUAUUUAACGCACGAUUCUCCAAGCGUACGUAAAACUCAUUGCCAAGGGCGCAAACACAAAGACAAUGUCAAGUACUUUUAUCAAAAAUGGAUGGAAGAACAAGCUCAGCAUUUAAUUGAUGCGACGACAGCUGCAUUUAAGGCAGGAAAAAUAGCGUCAAAUCCGUUUGCACCGAAUAAAGGUGCUGCGAUACCGCCACCGCCAAGUUUAGGUCCACGACCUGGUGUACCGCCACCAAACCAAGGACCUCCAGGAAUGAUGGCACCACCAGGAAUGCAUCCGGGUGGUCCAAUGGGACCAGGCGGACCAAUGAUGAUGGGGCCGCACGGGCCAAUGCCACCGAUGAUGGGUGUCAGACCACCGAUGAUGGGGCCUAUGGGCCCCAUGGGACCAAUGGGGCCGAUGCUAGGGCCAAUGGGUCCUAUGAGACCUCCGGGACCUCCGCCUCAAGUGUUGAGUGGGCCGCAAUCGAUUAAGAAAUAAAAACUUAUUGCUUUCGUGUAAAUGAA